AUGAACUACUUGUUCGAAAUCUGGUGGUAUCCUGUACCUCCCUUAAGCAAGGCGUCUUCUUACACGCAUUUAUUAAAGAUGCAAAAUAAGUCAGUCCGCCUGUCAGGCAGUCUGUUCAGCCUGUCGGUCAUUUACUCUUCAGUCAGUCAGUCAGUUUGCUCAGAGAGUCAGCUAGCCUGUUUUGUAAGUCAGUCAGUCAGUCUAUUCAAUCAGUCAGUCAGUCAGCCUAUUCAGAAGGACGAACAGGACGAGCAGGAUGAAAAGGACGAACAGGUCAAAAAGGACGAAUACGACGGCAAGAACGAACAGGACGAAAGGGAAGAAAAGGACGAAAAGGACGAAAUUGGCGAAAAUGACGAAACGGACGAAAGGGAUGAAAAGGACGAGAAGGAUGAAAAAGAUAAAGGGACCAAAAAUACCAGAAGGACGAAAAGAACGAACAGGACGAAAAUGACGAAAGGGAGGAAAAGGACGAGCAGGACAAAGAGGACAAACAGGACAAACAGGCAAACAAGACAAACAGGACAAGCAGGAUAA